AUGGCGGCCAGGGACUCCCCCACCAAACCUGGGAGCAGUGGUGUGGGAGCCAAAAGGCCUCUCUUUCGAGACACAGAUAUGGGAGCGAUCCACAAAGCUGCCAGCGUGGGCAACGUGCGGAAAGUGAAGCAAAUCCUAUUGUUCAGGAAAAGUGGCCUGAAUGAUAGGGACAGGAUGAGCAGGACUGCUCUGCACGUGGCCUGUGGCAAGGGCCAUCCAGGAGUGGUGAGACUGCUAACUCGCAGACAUUGCCUAUUGAACCUCUGUGACAUUGACAACAAAACAGCUCUGAUUCACGCCAUACAAUGUGGGCAAGAAGAAUGUGCCACUAUUCUACUAGACCAUGGUGCCGAUCCAAAUGUGAUGGACAUCCACGGCAACACUGCUCUCCACUAUGCUGUCCUUGGUCACAACACAGCUAUAGUGGAAAAGCUACUUUCCUGUAUGGCAAAUAUGGAAGCAAGAAACAAGGAUGACUUCACACCACUUUCACUUGCUAAAUAUGAAAACAAAGAAAAAAUGGUGGAAUUUUUAGUAACUAGAGGUUCAAAAGUCAGUCACGUGGAAAGCAAGCAACAACUAACUUCAGAAUAUAAAGAAGAAAGACCUAUAAGAUCUUCUGAAAGUAGCAAUCUUGGGAUGCAGCUCCUAAAAUCUGAGGGCCCCCAGGAGGCUUACAACCAGAGCAACAAUGCUACAGAUCUACAGGAAUCUUCAAAAUCAGCACAAAAUGAAACAAAAUCAAAGACAGUCUCUCCCUGUGAUUUCCCCUGGGCUACCUGUGUGGAGCAACAAAGCGGUCCAGUUUGUGACUGCCUCUGCUGGGCCUCGGUGCACCUGAAGGGGCCGUGCUGCACAGCAAUGCCUCCUUCCACCAGCGGAGCAAAAGGCCCAUGUCACUCUGAGAUCCACCUCAACUUACCAGCUUCCUGUUGGGGUCAUUCUCUGAAAGAGCUCCUGUUGGUAUGUGAGUUGCAUGAGGAUAAAGUUAUUUCAAAAACAUGUAUCCUGACAGCAAAGACAUCUGAAAAUCAAAGCAAGCAAAUUCAUCUUCCACCUUUGCAUCUAGAAAAAAUGUCUCAAGAAUCACAAAUAAAUAGGGCAUGUGACAAAGAGGAUACAUCUGCAUAUUCAGGACACCCUUCUAUGCAAAGGGAUGAGGAAAUGUGCAUCAAACAAGGCACAUUAGAGCAGAGGAAGAACUUACAACUUUCCAGAGAUGAGUCAAAGCAGAAGUCACAUGAAUUUUCUAUGAAGUUAAAAAUGACUGAGUGCCCUGAGGAAGAGCCACCAGGUGAUAACUCUAAAGGAGGAGCAAGCUUAAGACAAAUGCCUUCUAACUUGACAAGUAAAAUGCUUAAUUGGGAGGGGAAAGAUGCAUUUGGAAUGUCUGUCUCUGCAGCAUUGCAAACACUUCCUGAACGAGAAGAACCCACUCUUAAAAUUGUUUCUCCAUCUCAUGCAGACCCUGGGUCCCAGACAGACUCUCCCUCGUCGUCUUCUUCUGAGAUUCCUUUAACAGAAAAGGAAUUAUACUCUGAAAAUGAUCACAAACCUGACACUGAACAUAUUUUAAACCCAAAUGAGGAGAGUUUUUAUAAUGAUACAGAAAAUAAAAAAGUAAGACACUCAAUAGUUACAUCUGAAGUGAUAGAAGACCAAGAGUUUGCCAAGCAGAUGACAAAAAAUAUGAACCCAAAUACCACGGAUUGGAAAUUAGGCAUCGGACCUACACCUCAGUCUAGUGAUCCGAAAAGCCAUUUUGAUUUGUGGCUUGUUCGCUGCAAUGAAACAAAACCCAUGAUUGAAUUAAAAAGCCAUGAUAUGCCUGCUGUUACAAAUACUUAUAAGGAAAUAAGGCGAAAUCAAGACUUGUUCCAGAAGCCAUUAUGUGCAGAUAAUUGCAGUGCUAAUUAUUGUAAAAGCAUGGACUCUAAAUUAAAAGAUGAGAGUUCCUCUGCACUGCACAAUGACAGAACACCUGGAGUAUAUGUAAUUGAAGAAAAUUUUCAAAGCCUUAAGAAUGACGUAGACAUGUUAAAAGUAGAAUACCUGGCUUGGAAAAAAGAGAAAAUUCAACUUCAAAAAGAGGUUAAGGAAAAAAUGCAGCAGAAAAACAGUAAAAGGGAAGCAUCAGGAAACGUGUGUGAUGGUGCUGAUGACAGUAACAGUGUUGGACUGAGUCAGCAGAGCCACAGUGAGCAAACUGAUAAUCAGCAGGUUUCUUUUAUGGAAAAUGCAGAUUCUUACAGAGAGAGUGGAAGUGAGGGAGGGAGAGACAGAAACCUCCAUGUGAGAGAAACACAUCAAGUGGACCAGGGCUGGAGAUUGAACCUGCAACCCAGAUUUACCUUAGAAGAAGAAAAAGAAAAGAGACAAAAAGUUGAUGUGUUAUAUGAAAAAAAUAGGGUGCAGUUAAGAAAAAAAGAAGAGCACUCUAUUAAAGAAGUUGAAGUGAACCCAUAUCUUGAAACCACCAUUAGAACACGAGAUAUUGUAUCUGAGACUGUGAGACAGAAAGAGGUUGUAGAAGAGCAAGAUUACACUCAGAGCCAAUGUUCUCAAGAACAGAACACCACAAUAAUACAAGAUGUAAUUCUGACCAAACACCUUUGCAAACCAAAGAAGAUAAAAAUAAGUCACAAGAAAAUGCAUUCUGAGGCCACUGUAAGACAACUUCAAGAAGAACUGGCGGUUGUGAGGCCACUUCAACAAAAAAUAUCUAUGAUAGAGGCUUCACUGGAGGUUGAAUCACAUCAUCCUGUGCUUUCACAAGAUAAGACACAUGACUUAAAGAAAGAACUAGAUCAAAGCAUAAGUCAAGUAUGUAUGAAAUUUAACCUGUCAUCAGUUAAUCUAUAG